AUGGAAUUCUGGAAUUCAUCAAAUUCUAAAUGGACUGAAUUUCCAUACCUACCACACCCCACCCCACCCCGCACUCCCCCACUCCCACACCUACCCCACACCCCACCCCGCACUCCCCCACUCCCACACCAUAACACCCACCCACCUGCACCACCACACCACAGAAAACACCCCACCUCACCCUACCACACCUUCCACCUCAUCCCACAGUCCCCACCCAACACCCCCAGACAACUACAUAACCCACACUCCCACAUCCCACUAUCACACCCUAUACCUCACAACCCAACCCCCACACCCCACAAUAUCUCACCCCACCCCCCAACCCCACACCACCUCACCCCCAUAUCUCCCACCACCACCUCACCCCAUACUCCACACACACACUCCACCGACAUCCCACAACCCCACCCCACUCCACCCUGCACCCCACACACCACCCCUCACCCCAUAUCCCACCCGACCCCACACAGCAUCCCCAAUCCACCCCACACCCCAUACCCUACCUCACCCCACAACUUACCCUACACCCCACCAGGGACUGCAACAGGAGUAGAAGAACCUAAUAAGCUUGGAACAUCUCUUGCGGCGACUUAUAACAGCUUCUGUCUGUCUGUCUGUCUGUGUGAGUGCUGGUAUGGCAUCACAAAUCCUCUCGAAGAAGGCAAUGGAAAACACCCCACCUCACCCUACCACACCUUCCACCUCAUCCCACAUCCCCACCCAACACCCCCAGACAACUACAUAACCCACACUCCCACAUCCCCACUAUCACACCCUAUACCUCACACCCAACCCCCACACCCCACAAUAUCUCACCCCCACCCCACCCCACACCACCUCACCCCAAACCGCCCCCACCCACCAACCUCACCCCAUACUCCCCCACACCACCUCACCCCAUACUCCACCACCACUCCCACCGACAUCCCACAACCCCACCCCACUCCACCCUUCACCCCACACACCACCCCUCACCCCAUAUCCCACCCGACCCCACACACCAUCCCCAAUCCACCCCACACCCCAUACCCUACCUCACCCCACAACUUACCCUACACCCCACCAGGGACUGCAACAUCGACCAUUUCCCCCACCGAAUACUCAGCAGUUGAGAACCGCCUUCCGUCUCCAGAGAAUAUCCGAUCUCUUCUCCCUCGUAAAACCCCCAAGAUCGUUCCUGGGUAUAACAGAUACUUAGCGCUGAUCUCUGUUCUGUAUCAAACGCUGAUCGAGCGUCAAAUCGGCGUUUUUGUGCCACUUGAGGGCGUAGAAGGAAGGAAGGAAGGAAUAAAAGGUGGAGCCUCCGUGUCAGGAGAGGUCGCCCGUCAUCCGAAAUAUUAUAGACGUCGUGAUGAGGACCGUCGGAUUCUGGGAGAAAUGGAAGGUUAA